AUGGAGGCUCUUUCCCCGCGCUCGACAAACCAGAUGAUUCGGCCCAAACCUAUUCCCGAGCGCAAAAUGACCGACAAGAAUGCCGCGGCUGGUCCCGUGCAGAAAUCCUCGUCUUCCAAGAACCAUGCCGACCCGCCUCCAUCUUUCGUACCGGAGCCGGAGGAGGGUGGAGAGCGAUACUCGAUCGGUGGCUUUUUGGGGAAAGGGGGUUUUGCAGUUUGCUAUGAAGGGACACUCGCUCGGAAUGGUCGGUUGUUUGCCAUGAAAGUGGUCAAGUCACAAAUGCCCCAGAAAAAGAUGGAGGAGAAGUUCCGAACAGAGCUUCAAAUCCAUUCCAAAAUGCGCCAUCCCUUUAUUGUUCAAUUCUACCGAGCCUUCGCAUUCGAGCAAAGCACCUACGUUGUUCUAGAGCUAUGUCCGAACGGAUCAGUUAUGGAUAUGGUGAAGAAACGACGGUCCCUCACCCUACCCGAAGUACGACGGUUCAUGAUUCAACUCUGCGCUGCCGUUAAAUACCUCCACAAACGAUUUGUCGCUCAUCGAGAUCUGAAAAUGGGGAACCUGUUUCUUGAUCACAACAUGAACAUCAAAGUCGGAGACUUUGGACUGGCGGCAAUGAUUUUGUCGGAUAAGGAUGCGAAGCGACGAAACACCCUAUGUGGCACACCAAAUUAUAUUGCACCGGAGAUCCUUGAUAAGAGCAAAGGUGGACAUACCCAGAAAGUCGACAUUUGGUCCUUGGGUGUCAUCUUUUUUGCCAUGUUAACUGGCUACCCCCCCUUCCAAUCGAAAACACAGGAGGAGAUUUACAAGAAAGUGCGGAGCUUGGCAUAUGUCUGGCCGAAGGAAUCGGACCAUUCGAACUUUAUCCCCGAGGAGGCCAAGGACUUGGUCAGCGCCUGCUUAAACCUGGUGGACGAGGAACGCCCCGACCCCGACGAUAUUGUCGAGCAUCCGUUCUUCGACAUGUACGAUGGUUGUAUUCCCCGCCAACUCGAUCCCUCAUGCCGUUCCAACAAGCCGGUCUGGCUCAAGGACCAAGCGCCGCGUGGAGACUCUAUGAUGAGUGGAUAUGGGUUGGACUCUGAUGAGAAGCUACGAUCAUAUGUAUACCAGGUUGAUGAUCCCGGGCAGAGGUACCAUUCUUGCAAGGCUGCUUUCUACUCACUGUGUGGAGUCGGACGAAAGCCCGACGGAACGGCGCGCAAGUCUGUUGGUCGCAACUGCUCGAAAUCGGCGUAUUCGGAAUGUGAGACCGAGGACGCCCGCGGCCUACGCCCAGCCGUUCCUUUGCCAAUGGACUUCGUAUAUAAAUGGCCACAUGACUUGGAAGGUGAUUGGUGUCUAGUGGAAGCUGCUCGGAGACCAAUUCGUGCAGAGAAUCCCGGCCUCGAAAGCAGUACUCUAUCUCAGCGCAGUACGGCCUCAAUUCGCAGCAACAGCACUGUCGCGACCUCGAGAACAAAUGCGGCACUCGCUGCCGCGCACCAACGCAGACUCGAAACUCAGAACCACGCCGCUACCCUCCGACAACAAGUUCGACCGGGAACUCGAACCGUUCGACAUAUCCCAUCAGUCGAUGUACUUCCAGAGACAGCCUCUCGACCUUAUCGUGAUAUCAAGGAGGCCGAGCCAGCACCGGUAUUGGCAUCAGCACCGGCACCAGUGCCCGUGCCGGCACUUGAUAAAGAGCCAUCUGCUGGUGGACUGGCAGAGCGUCCGAUUCGUACGCGGAGGAUGGCGUCGGCAUCGAAUGCCCCGACCUUGCGUGAGACUGAAAGGAGCGCCGCUGCACCCCAACUUUCCAAGUCUACCAGCAUGCCAUCUGGCCUGACUAUCGGUAAAACUCGAUCCCAGUCGCGCCGAAUGGCCACUGGAGAGGCAGUCAAUUACCCCACGACGGCACCGACGACACAACAGAAGCUGGCGGCACUUCCGGAAGAGCGCCGGACCGUAAGUCGCUCGACAACAUUGCGAUCCACAUCUCGACCCGAUCUGAAGCUCAUGGCGGAAAGACAAAGGCCUGCGCCAGAGCUUGUUCCAAUGUCGUCUCAGCCACAACAAAUCCAACCCACACCGAAUGGGAUCAGCCGGUCCAACAGUAAGACAUCCUCGGGCACUAGAGCUCGCUCGAGUUUGGGACUCAGCCCCUUGUUCCAUCAGGAUGACCCGUACGACAUGAUUCCUGGAACUUCGCUCACUGAAGUCAACACUGAUUUGCGACUGAUGUUGUCAAAUCUUGUCAACCACGCGCCAGCUCGUCGUCGCGGUGGGCCUCGGAAGCAACCCCAUGCCUACGUGAUCAAGUGGGUGGACUACACCAACCGUUAUGGUAUUGGCUACGUCCUGGAUGAUGGCAGUGUGGGGUGUGUGUUCAAGGGAGAAAACGGGCAGCCCGCCAGCAGUGUGGUGGUGAGAGAUGGCGAAAGACAUAUUCGUCGCAAAGCGCGAAGUGUCGACAGCCCAGAGGCCAAAGGACUUCCUUACUCCGAGUCUGAGCAGCUUGUCCCUCGUCACGGUAACGCCAUCGAAUUUUACGAAAAUAAAGAUGAUGAUUUGCUUGGCUGCCGCGGCAUUCGAAGGGGCAUGGUGUCGCCUUCCUUGUUCGACUCCAGAAGCUCCAAGGUCAUGAAGAUCCGAGUGAACUCAGGAUCCGAUGCAGACAGAUGCGAUGCGGAGAAGAUCAAGCGUGUCAAACUCGUUGAUCAAUUUGGAAAGUAUAUGAUCGGCUCGCUGGGUCGCCAUGGCGACGACGGUCUUGCAGACGCGCCCGCGUCCCGGCAGACAAGCGGGCAGUUUAUAAAAUUCUACCAGCGACUGGGUAAUGUGGGAAUUUGGGGCUUCGGUGACGGUGCUUUCCAGUUCAAUUUCCCCGAUCAUACCAAACUCGUUAUAUCCCCUGGUCGCACCCGCAGCUCCUCACCUUGGAUCGAUUUCUAUCACCUCUCGCCCUCGGCAGCCCGGUAUUUCACGGCCAAGGGGAAAAUGCACCCGUCCGGCUUCGAUACACGUGCUAUUGCGUCUGACGAAGCUGCGACCUUCAUCAGCAUUGCAAAUGGCAGCUCCAGUAAUUCGAUCGAGGAACGCAUCCGCGAGAUCCUGGACGCCAACUCAUUCAUGGAGAAGAUUGGCUUUAUGAAGGAAGUUCUGAAAGGCUGGAUUAAAUACGGGCGACUUGGUGGUCGUCCAUCCAGCAAUAAGACUCCUUCCGGGGCAGACUCCGUGGCCUCCGUGGCCCCUGAGUUAUUCUGGCAGGGAACGCAGGAACGCACACCAACCGGAGGCCAUGGAACCAAAUUUGUUUGGGUUACUGUUGGAGCACCGGAUGGCGAUGGAGAGUAUCGAUCUGUGAUGCUGAAAGAUAGCGACCGCGACAGAUUGGAGAAGAGAGGAGGAAUGAGCGGUGUGGUGGACCAUGACAAGGAGAUGGAUGUGCUCCGGGAACGAUUGCGGAUGAUGGGCCGCGAGUGA